AUGGCGCCCCAUAUGGAACAAGAUGAGUUCUUUACCUCUCUCACCAACCUACUCUCCAAGACUUCUCAAAAGGCACGAGGAUCCGUAAUUCUCACUCAAAAGCCACUGCUUGAUGUCCCCGGCGCUACUACCACAAGCUCUCAACCCUCAAUCCUCAUCCGAGCUACGGAUGGAAACACCAAUGCGCCCAACCCUAAGUCCGCCAGCAAGGAUGGAAAGAUCACAAAGGACAAGUCCACGAAGAUCAAGCUCUCGACUGUCGUGAAUCCGGAUGAUCUUGAGGCAUUCUACACCCGCUAUGCGGAGGUCUGCAAGGGAGGAAUGACAGGGCUGAAGAAGCGAGACCGCCGUGGCCGCAAGGCGAAGACCAAGGGCGGAGCUGCUAAGACCGCAAAGGUUUAA